GUGAUUCGGCAUGGAGGCGGUGGCCGGGAGGAGCCGCCGGGGCAGAAGCCGCACUUGUUAGUGUUGGGGGAGGAGGGGGCCGGCGACGCCGACACCGUCAGUCAGGGACGCGGCGGCGAAGGCAGCCAAGGGGGGGUGGGGGUGGGGGCGAGACCAGGCUCCGACCCCCGGCCGAGGGGAUGAGGGGAGCAUGGGCGCCAAGGAGUCACGGAUCGGAUUCCUCAGCUACGAGGAGGCGCUGAGGAGAGUUACAGAUGUAGAGCUGAAGCGACUUAAAGAUGCCUUCAAGAGGACCUGUGGACUCUCAUAUUACAUGGGCCAGACCUGCUUCAUCAGGGAAGUACUUGGGGAUGGAGUACCUCCAAAGGUUGCUGAGGUGAUUUAUUGUUCUUUUGGUGGAACACCCAAAGGGCUACAUUUCAAUAAUUUAAUAGUUGGACUAGUCCUCCUUACAAGAGGCAGAGAUGAAGAAAAAGCAAAAUACAUUUUUAGUCUUUUUUCAAGUGAAUCCGGGAGCUAUGUUGUACGGGAAGAAAUGGAAAGAAUGCUUCAUGUGGUGGAUGGUAAAGUCCCAGAUACACUCAAAAAGUGUUUCUCAGAGGGUGAAAAGGUAAACUAUGAAAAAUUUAGAAAUUGGCUUCUUAUAAACAAAGAUGCUUUUACCUUCUCUCGUUGGCUACUGUCUGGAGGUGUGUAUGUUACCCUAACUGAUGACAGUGAUACUCCUACUUUCUACCAAACUCUGGCUGGUGUCACACAUUUGGAAGAAUCAGACAUCAUUGAUCUCGAAAAGCGUUAUUGGUUGCUAAAGGCUCAAUCCCGAACUGGACGAUUUGAUUUAGAGACCUUUGGCCCAUUGGUUUCACCACCUAUUCGUCCUUCUCUAAGUGAAGGUUUGUUUAAUGCCUUUGAUGAAAAUCGUGACAAUCACAUAGACUUUAAGGAGAUAUCCUGUGGGUUAUCAGCUUGCUGCAGGGGACCCCUGGCUGAAAGACAGAAAUUUUGUUUCAAGGUGUUUGAUGUUGACCGUGAUGGAGUUCUCUCCAGGGUUGAACUGAGAGACAUGGUGGUUGCACUUUUAGAGGUCUGGAAGGACAACCGCACUGAUGAUAUCCCCGAAUUGCAUAAGGAUCUCUCUGACAUUGUGGAAGGCAUAUUGGAUGCACAUGACACUACAAAAAUAGGCCAUCUUACUCUAGAAGACUAUCAGAUCUGGAGUGUGAAAAAUGUUCUUGCCAAUGAAUUUUUGAAUCUUCUCUUCCAGGUAUGUCACAUAGUUCUUGGGUUAAGACCAGCUACUCCAGAAGAAGAAGGACAAAUUAUUAGAGGAUGGUUAGAACGAGAAAGCAGGUAUGGUCUGCAGCCAGGACACAAUUGGUUUAUCAUCUCCAUGCAGUGGUGGCAACAGUGGAAAGAAUAUGUCAAAUACGAUGCCAACCCUGUUGUAAUUGAGCCCUCAUCUGUUAUGAAUGGAGGAAAAUUUUCGUUUGGUGCAGCAGUACAUCCUAUAGAGCAGGGUGAUGAUAGAAUUGGAGGUAACCUCAGUUACAUGAAUACCUCAGAAGAAAAGUUUUCAGACAACAUUUCUACUGCAUCUGAAGCCUCAGAAUCUGCAGGCAGUGGCUUUUUGUAUUCUGCCACACCAGGGACAGAUAUAUGCUUUGCUCGACAACAUAACACUUCUGACAAUAACAACCAGUGUUUGCUAGGAGCCAAUGGGAAUAUUCUGUUACACCUUAAUCCUCAGAAACCAGGAGCUAUUGAUAACCAGCCACUAGUAACUCAAGAACCAGUAAAGGCCACAUCAUUAACAUUAGAAGGAGGACGAUUAAAACGAACUCCCCAGCUGAUCCAUGGAAGAGAUUAUGAAAUGGUUCCAGAACCUGUAUGGAGAGCACUUUAUCACUGGUAUGGAGCAAAUCUGGCCCUACCUAGACCAGUGAUCAAGAAUAGCAAGACAGACAUUCCAGAGCUGGAAUUGUUUCCUCGACAUCUUCUCUUCCUAAGACAGCAGCCUGCAACUCGGACACAACAGUCUAACAUCUGGGUGAAUAUGGGAAAUGUACCUUCUCCAAAUGCACCUCUAAAGCGAGUAUUAGCCUAUACAGGCUGUUUUAGUAGAAUGCAGACCAUCAAGGAAAUUCAUGAGUAUCUAUCUCAAAGGCUUCGCAUCAAAGAGGAAGAUAUGCGCUUGUGGCUAUAUAAUAGCGAGAAUUACCUUACACUUCUGGAUGAUGAAGAUCAUAGAUUAGAAUAUUUGAAAAUCCAGGAUGAACAGCACCUGGUAAUUGAAGUUCGAAACAAAGACAUGAGUUGGCCUGAAGAGAUGUCCUUUAUAGCUAACAGUAGUAAAAUAGAUAGACACAAAGUUCCCACAGAAAAGGGAGCCACAGGUCUGAGUAAUCUGGGAAACACAUGCUUCAUGAAUUCAAGCAUCCAGUGUGUUAGUAACACACGGCCACUGACACAGUACUUUAUCUCAGGGAGACAUCUUUAUGAACUGAACAGGACAAAUCCCAUUGGUAUGAAGGGUCACAUGGCCAAAUGCUAUGGUGAUUUAGUACAGGAACUUUGGAGUGGAACUCAGAAGAACGUUGCCCCAUUAAAGCUUCGGUGGACCAUAGCAAAAUAUGCUCCCAGGUUUAAUGGAUUCCAGCAACAAGACUCCCAGGAACUCCUGGCUUUUCUCUUGGAUGGUCUUCAUGAAGAUCUCAACCGAGUACAUGAGAAGCCAUAUGUGGAACUUAAGGACAGUGAUGGCCGACCAGACUGGGAAGUAGCUGCAGAGGCCUGGGACAACCAUCUGAGGAGAAAUAGAUCAAUUGUUGUGGAUUUGUUCCAUGGGCAGCUAAGAUCCCAAGUCAGGUGCAAGACAUGUGGACAUAUAAGUGUCCGAUUUGACCCUUUCAAUUUUUUGUCUUUGCCACUACCAAUGGACAGUUAUAUGCACUUAGAAAUAACAGUAAUUAAAUUAGAUGGUACCACCCCCAUACGCUAUGGACUAAGACUAAAUAUGGAUGAAAAGUAUACAGGUUUGAAAAAACAACUGAGUGAUCUCUGUGGGCUUAAAUCAGAACAGAUCCUUCUUGCAGAAGUACAUGGUUCUAACAUAAAGAAUUUGCCUCAGGACAACCAAAAAGUUCGCCUCUCAGUGAGUGGAUUUUUGUGUGCAUUUGAAAUCCCCCUUCCUCCAUCUCCAGUUUCAGAAUCUAGUCCAGUACAAACAGAUUUCUCCUCUUCUCCAUCUACAAAUGGGAUGUUCAGCCUAACUACCAACGGGGACCUGUCUCGACCAAUAUUCAUCCCCAAUGGAAUGCCAAAUACUGUUGUGCCAUGUGGAACUGAGAAGAGUUUUACAAAUGGAAUGGUGAAUGGUCAUUUGCCAUAUCUUCCUGACAUCCCUGUUACAGGAUACAUUGUUGCAGUCCACCGAAAAAUGAUGAGGACAGAACUGUAUUUCCUGUCAUCUCAGAAGAACCGCCCCAGCCUCUUUGGAAUGCCACUGAUUGUUCCCUGUACUAUGAAUACUCGGAAGAAAGACCUAUAUGAUUCAGUUUGGAUUCAAGUAUCUCGAUUAGCCAGCCCACUCCCACCUCAGGAAGCUAGUAAUCAUGCUCAGGAUUGUGAUGACAGUAUGGGAUAUCAAUACCCAUUCACGCUACGAGUUGUGCAGAAAGACGGGAACUCCUGUGCUUGGUGCCCAUGGUAUAGAUUUUGCAGAGGUUGCAAAAUUGCUUGUGAUGAAGACAGAGCUUACAUUGGAAAUGCCUCUAUUGCUGUAGAUUGGGACCCCACAGCCCUUCAUCUCCGUUAUCAAACAUCGCAGGAAAGAGUUGUAGAUGAGCAUGAGAGUGUAGAGCAGAGUCGGCGAGCACAAGCUGAGCCCAUCAACCUAGACAACUGUCUCCGGGCUUUCACCAGUGAGGAGGAGCUAGGGGAAAAUGAGAUGUACUACUGUUCCAAGUGUAAAACUCAUUGCUUGGCAACCAAGAAGCUGGAUCUCUGGAGGCUUCCCCCCAUCCUGAUUAUUCACCUGAAAAGAUUUCAGUUUGUAAAUGGCCGGUGGAUAAAAUCACAGAAAAUUGUUAAAUUUCCUCGUGAAAGUUUUGAUCCUAGUGCUUUUUUGGUACCAAGAGACCCAGCUAUCUGCCAGCACAAAGCUCUCACACCCCAGGGGGAUGACUUCUCUGAAUCAAGGGUUCCAGAAGAAGUAAAGAAAGUGGAUGCCCAGAGCUCAGCAGGUGAAGAAGAUGUGCUCCUGAGCACAAGUCCUUCUUCACUCAGUGCAAACAUCACUAGUAGCCCAAAAGGUUCUCCUUCUUCAUCAAGGAAAGGUGGAACUAGCUGUCCCUCCAGCAAAAACAGCAGCCCAAACAGUAGCCCACGGACUUUGGGGAGGAGCAAAGGGAGGCUCCGGCUGCCUCAGAUAGGUAGCAAAAACAAGUUGUCAAGUAGUAAGGAGAACUUGGAUGCCAGCCGAGAGAAUGGGGCUGGGCAGAUCUGUGAGCUGGCUGAUACCUUGAGCAGAGAGCAUAUGCUGGGAGGCAGCCAGCUGGAGCUGGUCACCCCUCAGGACCAUGAAGUCACUUUGGCCAAUGGAUUUCUUUAUGAGCAUGAGGCAUGUGGCAAUGGCUACAGCAAUGGUCAACUUGGAAACCACAGUGAAGAGGACAGCACUGAUGACCAAAGAGAAGAUAGUCAUAUGAAACCUAUUUAUAAUCUAUAUGCAAUUUCAUGCCAUUCAGGAAUCCUGGGUGGGGGCCAUUACGUGACUUACGCCAAAAACCCAAACUGCAAGUGGUACUGUUACAAUGACAGCAGCUGUAAGGAACUUCACCCUGAUGAAAUUGACACUGACUCUGCCUACAUUCUUUUCUAUGAGCAGCGGGGGAUAGACUAUGCACAAUUUCUGCCAAAGAUUGAUGGCAAAAAGAUGGCAGACACGAGCAGCAUGGACGAAGACUUUGAGUCUGAUUACAAAAAGUACUGUGUGUUACAGUGAAGGCUACUGCUGUGCUGCUAGAUGGGCUGGUGAUGUGGGAGAGAUGACUCCUUGUAGCUGACAUUUGGCAAAAGCAUCACUGAAAGGCAGACUAAAUGUAGUUAUUUUAUUCUGUGACCCUGAAGCACAAAAGAAAAAUCCUAAUUAAAAUAGCAGUGAAGCUUAAGAAUAAUAACCAUUUUGUUUUGAAGUCUCUCUGGUUGAGAACCUUUAGGCAGAUUCUACCAUUAGCCUGUAAACAAAAGGGUUUGGCACCAACCACCUGGGACCAAAUAAGAAUUAAAUUGUGCUUGUCCAGAUAUGAACAGACUUGUAGUGAGGAUAGAGUUUACCAAUAAUCAUAACAAAAUACUAAGGAUUUCCUUAGAGUCAAAGUAAAAAAAAAAGUUUUUUUUUAAAUUGUAGUGUUGUCUAGGACGACAUGAUAUGCUACCUCCUUUUCCCUGAAGUUAUAUUGACAAUAUAAGAAAGCAAGAUCUUGAAAGGUAUGCAAAUGAAUCUCAUGCCAUGAACACAGAGUUUUCAUCUUUUAAACCCAUUUCCCCGCUCUUCCUAAGUCUUUCUUGCUUUCUGUUACUGUGUUUGUGUUUGAGACACAACCAGUCAUUGGUGGCAGAGACAUAUAGUGGUCAAUCUGAGAGGGAUAAUCUUUUAAAAAGCUAUGUCCUUUGGGCCGGGGUCUUAGUUGGAAGAUCCAGGAGAAAGAAAGAAAGCAUCUGUGAAAGCCAACUAAAAUGGCUGCGCUGAUAAAGGCAUCCCUUCUUGUAGGAUACUCCAAGUGUCCUCAAAACUUUCUCCCCCACACACUGUGAGUGUGGCAGGGUGGUUGCCAAUGUUUGCACCAUCUUCCAUGCACGUGUUGCACAGAGGUUCUAGGAGAGUAUGUGGCGUCAGAGUUAGAUGGUGUUUCACAUUAGUGGUGGUUUUUCUCCCUGUUUCUUGUUUUGCACUUUAAAAAAGAAAAUACAUGCAAACAGACUUACAUUUUGAUGGCUCUAAGGGCUAUAAACUAACUUGAUUGGGGGUAUUUUCCCCAUCUUAUAAAAAUUUAAAAACAAAACACAUCCCAAACCUUGGUAGUUAGUGUAGUUUUAAUGAAAUUGGUGAGUUUAGAAAGUAAACUGUUUGGUUUGCACAUCCAUUCAUUUUUUUAUUUAGGGUUUUUGUUUUGUUUGUUCUUGAUUUGUUGUUUUUUUUUUUUUUUUUGCACUAGUCAUCAAAAGUUGUAUCUUUGCUUAUAUCAUUUUUCUUCUGAUUAUUCAAGACUGGAACAAAAAUGAAUGUUAUUUAUUUUCAAGCAGCAUUUUUUUCCUGUGUUGUGUUUUAAUAUCUAUUCAAAGGAAAUGUUUCUCCUUAUUUUUUGUUCUUUUUAAAAAUUUUUAUUUGGACCCUAGAAGUUAAUUCUCACAGUCAGCUCCUUUUAACCUUCCUUCCUCAUGGGUAGUAAAUGCCAGUGUAAUUAAGCAUUCGUGUUGUGAUAUCUGAGGCCAGUAACUACUAGUUCUUCCCAGAGCAUUUAGAAAGGUUGCCUUAAGUGGCUUCCUAAGUUGGAACUUUUUUCAGAAGAAUAUAAUUGCAAGUAGGAAGGAAUGGCCAAAUGAUUUAAUGUAAUGAAGUCAAAAUGCAUACAUUGUAGUCUCAAGAUUUUCAGUGUAUCCAAUCUGUCCAUUUCUACCUAGACAAGUCCCAUGAAAAAAGUAGAUUUUAAAUAAUUUCCUUACAGAUGUUUUAUUUAAACAGGUAGCACAAUCUACUAAUGUUGUUUGAUCUGUGUUUGUUAUAUUGGUUGUAAUUAAUUUUUUAAAUUCAUGAACUAGCAGAAAAUUUAUUAAAUUAACUAUUAACUUACAUUCACCUUGUAAAUUUCUGUAUAAAACUUGUUGACAAUGCACUGACUUUAGAAAGACGUUAAUGUACAUAAAUAGAGUGUAAAUAAAAUAGUGUUGUACUGAAAUAUGAACUGUAUAAAACGUAUUGGUAAUUAUAUAUGGAGUGUAUCUGUUUAUCUGUAACUAUUACCCAAACAAAUUAAAUACUGUGGAUGCCCAUGUGUUGUUUUCCUCAUACAAGUAAACAAAAAAAUCGACUUCU